AUGCUGAAUGCUGUGGAGCCGUGCCUGGUGCAGGCGUGGCUGGGCAUAUCGGAUUGUGCUCAGUCGUGGGCAGAUCGAUGGCUUUGCAGUGGAUUGGAACAGUAUGCGCUGCACUGCCUGAGGCAGCAGGUUUAUGGGCACGCAGCCAGCAUGCUUCAGGUCAGUCUUGCCUGGAGGGCAUUCUGCAGAGCUCGUCAGCAACUCCCAGCACACAGCGCAGACAAGAGGCCCAGAUGCACCAUCCAUGGGUGGAUGAAGCGCCUCGGGGAACUGAAGGAGUUGGUCGGCGGUGACCUCGUCAUGUAUUUCUGGCUGGGACAGUCAAUCACUGCUGAUGAAGCUUAUUCGCUUCUGCGUCAGCUAAGGCGGAAGUUUCGGGAGUCCCCAGCUUCUGAGGAGGUUGUGCUGGCUCUUCUGCGGACGAUUCCAGGAUUGCACGGGUAUGGAGAGUGGCCAUCAGAUGACUGGUGUGCGAAGCAACUUCAGAUACAGCUGAAUGCGAUGCACAGCCUGGCCGAAGUUUGCGAGGUUGAGAAGGUUGCCAGAGCUUGGCAGAAUAUCAUUCCAGUAGAAGUUGUCGGGGGCGACGAGAGCAAGCUGAACAAACUGAUCAUUCGGACUGCUGUUCACGUCAAGGUCAAGUGGACGGUGCUGCAGCAGCUGUUCUUUUUGGAUCUCAUUCAAGACAGCACAUGCUUGUAUCGUGAGAGCGUGGUCCACAUCGGCAAUGCCUACGGAUUCAACAGUUCACGGAACCUUGACGUGCUGCACCGUUGGUGCUUGCUCCUGAUCAAGCACAACUGUCAAGAUCAUGUCGGUGUGCUCGAGAUGUGCUUGCGACUACGCGGUGAACUCGCAUGCUUCUUUGCCAUUUUCUCUGCUCUGGUGGAAAGGGGACGGUCUGAGACGAGGUGGAAGUUCAUCACGCAGCAUCUGUGGGACUCCAUGCAAGCCCACAUGCAUCCCAUGGUCCAGAGUCACAUUUUCCAUGUGUUGGACCGUGGUGGUUGCAUUGGAAGUUUCUGA